UCCGCUGCUCCCGGAUCCGGACACAUUGGUUCCGGGUUCUCCUUCCGGUCCGGUUAUUGUUGCAUCAGCAUCUGAUUGAGCCCUGUGGCAAUGUCGAGCUCAGCGGAGACAGCCUUUGAGUUUGGCUCCUGGCUGCAGAUUAACGGGGAGGCCGCGCUGACGGCGGCCCUCAACGACCACCUCGCCUCACGCAGCUACCUGGCGGGCUUCGGCCCCUCGCAGGCCGACCUGAGAGCCUUUAGGCUCCUGGCCCGCCCCCCCGACCCGCAGCACGUCCACGCCCUGCGCUGGUACAGACACAUUUCCGCCCUGCAGCCGGACCUCGCCGCAGACGGCAGCAUGAAAGGGAAGCGGGUCCAGCCUCCAUGGUCUCCACCUGCAGGAACAGAAGUCCCUCAGCUGCGGCUCUACAACAGCCUGACCAGAGCCAAGGAGCCGUUUGUCCCCCAGAACGGCAACAAGGUGACGUGGUACUGCUGCGGGCCCACGGUCUACGACGCCUCACACAUGGGACACGCCAGGUCCUACAUCUCCUUUGACAUCCUGCGGCGGAUCCUGAGGGACUACUUCAAGUACGACGUGCUCUACUGCAUGAACAUCACCGACAUCGACGACAAGAUCAUUAAAAGGGCCCGGCAGAACUUCCUUCUGGACCAGUACAGAGAGAAGCGACCGCAGGCAGCUCAGAUCCUGCAGGACGUCCUGAGUGCCAGAGUGCCCUUCCAGGAGCAGCUGGCGUCGACCACAGAUCCAGAUAAGAAGCAGAUGUUGGAGCGCCUGGAUGCCGCCGUCGGCGCCGCCCUGCAGCCCCUACAGGGGGCGACGGAGAGCGGAGCCGCAGGUGAAGUCCUGCAGCCUCUGGCUCAGGAGCUGUUGGAGAAAUCCAAGGACCUGCUGUCCGACUGGUUGGACAAACAGUUUGGGAGCGAAGUCACGGAGAACUCCAUCUUCUCCGUCCUCCCCAAGUUCUGGGAGGGAGAGUUCCACAGAGACAUGGAGGCCCUGAACGUCCUUCCUGCCGACGUCCUGACCCGAGUCAGCGAGUACGUGCCGGAGAUCGUGGAGUUUGUGAGGAAGGUCGUCUCAAACGGUUACGGGUACGAGUCCAACGGCUCCGUCUACUUUGACACGCAGAAGUUUGACUCCAGUCCGCAGCACUCGUACGCCAAGCUGGUCCCCGAGGCUGUGGGAGACCAGAAGGCGCUGCAUGAGGGCGAAGGCGACCUGAGCGUCUCCGCCGACAGACUGAGCGACAAAAAGUCCCAGAACGACUUCGCCCUGUGGAAAGCCUCCAAGCCUGGAGAGCCGUCCUGGGACUCUCCGUGGGGGAAGGGACGGCCCGGUUGGCACAUCGAGUGCUCGGCCAUGGCCGGCUCCAUCCUGGGAGAGUCGAUGGACAUCCAUGGAGGAGGGUUUGAUCUCCGGUUCCCCCACCAUGACAACGAGCUGGCCCAGUCUGAGGCGUUCUUUGAGAACGACUACUGGGUUCGUUACUUCCUGCACACGGGUCACCUGACCAUCGCCGGCUGCAAGAUGUCCAAAUCGCUGAAGAACUUCAUCACCAUUAAAGACGCUCUGGCGAAGAACACAGCUCGUCAGCUCCGCCUGGCCUUCCUGAUGCACUCCUGGAAAGACACCCUGGACUAUUCCUCCAACACCAUGGAGUCGGCCGUCCAGUACGAGAAGUUCCUGAACGAGUUCUUCCUGAACGUUAAGGACAUCCUGCGAGCUCCCACAGAUCUCACCGGACGCUUCGAGAAGUGGGAGGCUGCAGAGGUGGAGCUGAACAACAGUUUCUACGACAGGAAGUCCGCCGUGCACCAGGCCCUGUGUGACAACGUGGACACCCGCACCGCCAUGGAGGAGAUGAGGGUGCUGGUCAGCCACAGCAACAGCUACAUCGCCGGCAGGAAGAGCUCCAAGCUGAGGCCCAACCGCCUGCUGCUGGAAAGCAUCGCCACGUACCUGACCAGCAUGCUGAAGGUUUUCGGAGCGAUCGAAGGUUCGGAUCCCAUCGGCUUUCCAGUCGGAGGCCAAACCGUCGACCUGGAGAGCACGGUGAUGCCGUACCUGGCGGUGCUGUCCGACUUCAGGGAGAACGUGCGGAGAAUCGCCCGAGAGCAGAAAGUGACGGCGCUGCUGCAGCUCUGCGACGUCGUGCGGGACGACACGCUGCCGGAGCUGGGAGUCCGACUGGAGGACCACGAAGGUCAGCCCACUGUGGUGAAACUGGUGGACAGGGAGACUUUGCUGAGGGAGAAGGAGGAGAAGAAGAAGAUGGAAGAAGAGAAGAAACGCAAGAAGGAGGAAGCCGCCAGGAAGAAACAGGAGCAGGAGAUGGCCAAACUCGCCAAGAUGAAGGUCCCUCCACAGCAGAUGUUUCGCUCAGAGACGGACAAAUAUUCCAGCUUUGAUGAGACGGGUUUUCCCACUCAUGACGCUGAAGGGAAGGAGCUGAGUAAAGGCCAAGCCAAGAAGCUGCGGAAGCUCUACGAGGCUCAGGAGAAGCUCCACAGCGAGUAUCUCCAGCUGAAGCAGAACGGAAACUGACCCGUUCGGACCGACGGGUCGACCUGCUGUUCAUCAUGGUCCAGAAAACAUCGCAUUGGCUUCAUUUCCACAAACAGGAUCAAAUCAUCUCCAGAAUUAUGUACAUUUUCUUUGGCAUUCAGAGAAAAUGGGUGAGGAAAAA